AUGAGCCCUGCAUCCUUUGUCACAGUCAAUUUCGGCAAGAAGGUCUCGAUCGCGCCGCUGCGCGAGGACCAAGCCAACUGGCCGAUAAAUUAUGUCCGCCCGACACGGUUUGCAUACGACGCGACCGACGACAAGUACUUCAAGCUCGCAAGCGAUGGCACAUGUACGAGCACGGUUCUCACACCGGAGCAGGCAUCGGAGGUGGAGGAGCUCGCUGAGAAGAUUGACGGUCAUCUUGCUCAGAUCCAGGAGCUUCUUCGUGUGAGUCUGCCCACCACAAUAUGGCUGCAGAUCAAGACCGCCAGAUUGCCGGGCGCUAUGUGGGAGGCGCUGAAGCGCAAAUGCACAGAGAAGCAGAAAUCGACUGUCAAGACAGUCCGUGAUGCGAUGCGACGGGUACGUAGCGCCGAGGGCGAGGACCCGCACGCCGCCAUUGAGCCACUGCUCUCGUAUCAGAACGAACUGGCCGAGAUGGGCUGCACACUCGACAAUGAUGAUAUCGUCGAGUGCAUCCGACUCGCUUUCCCCCACUUCCGCCCUGCUCUCAAUGCUUUGGAGAGCAACGCCGCGUUCGCGCGUAAGCACGAGACGGAUGCGGCAAAGCGUAAUCUUAUUUACGUCACCACCGAGGAGGCACUCGAGGUCGUGCAGGAAGCCUGGCAACGACAACUCGACGACCGUGCAGGCAACGAAGCUGCCGGUCACACCGCACUAGGUGCGAACAUGUCGAAGAAGAAGGGCGCGGCAGCAAAAAAGGGCAAGGCCCAGAGUUCGGCCGCUCCCGCAACUGGCGACCCGUGCAAAUGUUUCACUUGCGGCGGUGUCGGCCACCUACAACGCGAUUGCCCCACACCGCGCGACGACAAUGACAAGCCACCAUGCCGCGAUCGUAACGGCGGACGGUGGCGAGGCCGCAACAAGAACAGGAAAAGCGGUGCGGCCACAUCGAGCGAGACGGCAAAAGUCAGCGUGACACUAUCGGCCGUCACCUCGCCUCUCCCACCUACCACCACGACCGAGGCAAAUUAUGUGCCCGUCAUACAGCCGUUCAGCCCGCCCGCCGUACCCGCUGCCAGCGCGCAAGCUGCGCGCACAAGCCCGACGUAUAAGGGUUCCAUUGUCAACUCGGGAGCGACGAUGCACAUAUCGCCGCUCAAGUCGAACUUCACGUCGCUAUUGCCCAUGUCCCCUAUCCAAAUCACGGCCGCCGAUGGCCAGUCCUUCAUUGCCGCAUGGACCCUUUUGUCGGUCGGUGUGUUGGACGGCAAGGGCCUGCAGAUGACUUUUGAGGAUAGUCACUGCUUCAUCCGGUCCCUGCGUCCCAAACGAGAGCUUCUAUUGAAGCUGCCGCUCAAAAACGGCCUCUAUUGUAUCACGGGAGAGGAAUCGCCGUCGGACAAGGUUGCCACCGUCGCCAUCAGGCCCGUUCGCAUGUCGCUCUAUGAUAUGCAUGUUCGCUGCGGUCACCACAGAUAUGACGAUUGCCUCCGCAUGGCUCGUCUUCCGGAGACCAAAAUCAUGCUGACAGAUACAGUUUGCGUGCAGUGCGAGGUCUGUAUCCGGGCGAACGCGUCGUCCCACAAUUUUCUGAGCGAGAGCGACAACCGGGUGUCCUCGCAGGAGGUCGGCGCGCAUUGGGCAAUGGACCUGGUCGGUCCUAUGGAGGUGCAGUCCUAUGGCAGUGCGAACUACGGCAUGUUCCCACUGGACCUGAGGUUGCGGUACAUGCGCUUCUAUGUGCUGAGGUGCAAGAGCGACACCGAGGCGAUAUACACCAACGAGUUCGAGCCAUGGGUGAUUCAGCAUCUUCGCCCUGCUGGUAUCAAGGUCUUGCGGACCGAUCGCGGCGGCGAAUUCACCAGCAACUCGUUCAUCGCUCAUACCCGGAGUAAGGGUACUGUUCGCGAGCUCACCGUCCACGACUCGCCUCAGUAG